AUCAGCUGAAUGCUGAAGGGAAAUUGUCUUUAACGCUUGUAAACAGCAGCAUGCUGACAAGUGAGGAUAAAAGUUUGGAAUCAGCUGUUGUCAAAGUCAUCAAUCCAGAUGAGCAAUGUGACAAGACCCUGGAGUUACAAGCAUGUUCUUCCUCUUUAGUCGUAAAAGAGAUUCUUCAGGAGGCACCAGAGUUAAUCACUCAGCAACUGGCUUAUCUCCUCAGAGGGAGUAUUCUCUUCAAGUGCAUGUCUUUGGAAGCUGACAGAAUGACAGAACACCAGGAGAAAAUACUGUCAGUUUUGGAGGAAAGGUUUCCAGAUCUUCCCCCGCGAGAGGAAAUUAUCUCUGCUCUCCAGGAGACUCAGUUUAACACCCAAGGUGUGAACAUUGAGGAGCUUAUGCUCAAGGAUCUCAAGGAGAUUUCAGAUGGAGAAAUCAAAGUAGCGAUUAGCACUGUGUACAUGACACUGGAGGACUGCAUAUUACACAGGAGUCUCAUUGGUGAUCUGAAAGCAUUCAUAGAUAAAUAUGGGUUUGAUGUACUUGUCAUUUUGGCCAACUGCUUGUCAGAUCAGAAGCAAACAAAACAACAAGUAGCAGUAUACUCGGAAAAUGUAGAGCUAGGCAAUCAAAUCUGCUGUGAAUUAGAAGAAUGUCAGAAUCCUUGUUUGGAGCUGAAUCCUCUAGAAUGUGAAUGUGACCAAAUUCUCAUUUAUCAUCAAGAAAAUUCUUCAGUGACCUGUGAUCAAAUUUUUCUUCUAAUUAAGGAAGUUAUAAAUAGAAGGCAACCAGAAAUGGUAUCAAACAGUAGAACUUCUUCUACUGAAGCUGUUGCUGGAAGUGCUCCACUUUCACAAGGAUCUUCUGGUAUUAUGGAGUUAUAUGGUUCUGAUGUAGAACCACAGCCCAGUUCUGCCAAUUUUAUAGAAAAUCCUCAAGAUCUAAAUGGGUCUGUGCAAGCCCACAUUGAUGUUAAUGUAGACCUUGUGAGUCCAGACAGUGGCUUGGCUACCAUUAGAAGCAGCCGGUCUUCCAAGGAGAGUUCUGUUUUUCUUAGUGACGACAGCCCUGUUGCAGAAGGGGCUGCCUCACAUCACAGUCUUCUGCCUGGCUUUGAUUCCUACAGCCCUAUUCCUGAAGGAGCAGUAGCUGAAGAGCAAAAGUCUCAGUCAGGAAGCAAUAGCGAUAAUUUUGAUCUUUUCAAUUUUGAUCUAGCGCCCAUGGUUACAGCUCCAUCUGAGUCAUCUUCUCGUUCUGUGGAUUGUUCCCCAGCAGAUGACUAUUUUCUCAAUAGUGAUUCAUCAGAAGGGCAUCAGCUCACUCUGAAGAAAAAACUCGAUGAGACAAACCUCUUAGAAAAUGCUACAGUAAAGUAUUCAACUGACUUACUUGCAACAAAAAUUGAGGAAGACAAUCUGGCUGAAUUUGCUGAGAAUCCAGGAGGAAUGUGUGAGAAAAGUUCAAGUUUGAUUGAUUUUGUUGAAGGUGAUUCUUCUUCACCAGAAGCGUUGAAAUCUACUGAUUCAAAAAUUCCACCAACUCCUAUGAACAGUCUUGUAGAUACUUCACCAUUGGAUAAUGGGCAGCCUUUAAUUUUCUCACAAGAUGUCAUAAAAAAAAUCAAUGAAAUAGAGGGCACAAAUUACUCUCCGUCUCGUGUUAGAUAUGGCAGCUGGUGGGAUGGCUUUGAUCUAGAUUCCAGAAAUGCUGAUGCAUGGAGUUCAAGUGAACAGGAAUCUGUAUUUCAUAGUCCUGUCUUAUGGAAAGAUUCUAAAGAAAGUCCUUUGCUACGAGACCAUACUGAUAGAAGAGCCUCAGAUUCUGUGUUCCUCCAAAAACAGCCAAAGCAAAUGGAAUAUGUGAAAGCAGGUCUAUGGGAUAAUCAGUUUAAAGAAGAUAAUUGGAACCAUGAGAAUCAAGAGAAAAACAGUGAACAUUCAUGUUUGCAAACUGCUUCUUUAGAUGAGACAAAGCAAGAAGUGGAGAGCUUUACAGACUUGUGGAAGGUCAGCCAACCAACACCUGUGAUGUCAGAUGCGUGGUGUAGUGGUGAAGGAAAAGGUAGGCAGCUAGCUGGAGACUCUUACAAAAUCUGGACUGAGUUUGAUGAAGGAAAUGCUGGUAAAUCCUCAGAAGAUGUAUGGAACAUGCCCAAACUAGAUAGAGAGUUAAAAUCAGUGAAUAUUCCUGAGGAAUGGGCUGUAUCAAAAACAGGUUUAUCAGAUUCUUCAGAAAUCACAGUGGACAAUGAAAUUGAAAAUCCAGAAGUGUGGGAUAAAGGAAGGUAUUAUUCAAUAGAAGACCAUGGAAAAUCUGAAAAUAUAACUUUUGUUUUCAACAAUAUGCAAAAUAAUUCCAAGCUGAACAUGGGGGAAAAAGCUUUAUUUGGUGAUCCUAAACACAGACCAAAACAAUUUGAAAAUAUAGAUGCCUGGAAUAUGUAUGAUAAAAACAUCAGAAAAGAAGUAACAGAAGUAGUGGUGCCCUGGGAGGACACCUUCUUAUAUAAAAACUCAGAUCUUAGUUCAUCAAAUAUAGCGGAAGAUUUAGUUGUUUCUCCACCAGACACCAAUUAUUCAACAUCUGAUUCAUAUAUAUCACCUACAUAUGUAGAAGAUGAAAGAGAAAAUGAGGACAAGGAUUUUGAUGAAGGAACAGUUACUGGUAAAUUCAUGAACACAAACUUGGCUGAGUCAAAAGUACUUGAGAAAUCAACUAAGGAACCGUUAUCUCCUAACAAUAUGCCUUUUUCAAAUACUAGAAGUACAGAUAUCUGGAACACUCCCCUAAAUAAUAUCACCCAGUUACAAGGAAGAAAUUCUGAAAUGCCAGUUCUUUCUGCCUCUGCUAAACCUUGCCUUAAUUCAGAACAAACAGCUGAUCUAUGUUUUUCAACUGAAACAUGUAGCAGUGAAAAUAACUUUCCUGUAUCUGAAAGCAAAAGAGUAAUACUGGCAUAUAAUCAAACAGUGAAUGACUUAUCACCAUCACAGAAUGAAUUAAAUACGGGACAGAGAACAGCUGACAAGGCAGAAGCUGUGGGCAGUGUUCCUGUAGAAAGCACAAACACCUCUACGCCAAAUUCAGAAAAUGAGAAUGGUUUGGAUCUGAAAAUAUGUGACUUAGGGAGUGAGAUACUUAGUAAGAAUGCAGCACAAACCACUGCCAGUAUUGAUGAAGAGCUGGGUAUUCAGGAUUCCGUGCACCAGCUGGGCUCGUGGGGUUUACAGAGUGAGCAGGGUUGUGAGGAAAGCUGGGAUAAUGCCACUGUCAUCUCUAAGGAAGGAGAAGAACGUAAGAGAACACAUGUGACAAGUGGGCAGCAGAUGAUUGAUGACAUUUAUAAUAAACCAGUGCAAGAGGGCAAUGAAUCUUCAGGUAAAAGAGAUUUGAAAGAAAAUGAACCAACAACUGAAGUUGCCACCUCCCCAGAAAAACAGAGAAAUAGUGUUAGUUUGGAAAUAUUAAUCACAGAGAAUGUGUCAUUUUCCAAUCAAAGUAACCAGGAAGAGACAAGGGACAUGUUGCAGAAAAGUUUAGAUUCUUCAAGUAUUUCUGAAGGAGGCAGAGAUUAUGAAUUUUUGGAUGACCUCUUACCACAAAAUUACAAUUAUAGUGAAAUGUCACAGCUGCUUUCUGAGGAAGCUGGAAAAGAGGCUACAGUGACAGAGGAUGCAGCAAGUCCCAAGAUGGAAGGUACUUCUGAAAAUUCUGAUAAGGGUAGUGACAAUCCUGAGAAUAAUUCUGCUAAAAGACCUGGAAGCUCAGGUGUCUGGAAUGACUCUGGAAAGAAUGGUAGUGGCCAAGCCAUAUCAAUUCCUUUGAUGGAUAAACCACAAGAACCUCUGGGAGAAGGGCAAGAAUGCUUACAUGAAGUGAUUCCUAACCAUCCAGACAUUUGUAAUUCUGAUUUACUAUCUUUAAAAAAUAGCCUAGAACUGAUGAAGACCAAUGAAAAUUCUUUCACAGAUGAGUUUAAGAAAAAUCCUUCUGGAUUUGUUAGUGUUCCUGAUAUUACACAUAUGUCUGUGGUGGAAAAUUCAUUUUCGCUUGAAAUAGCUUCUGGGAGAAAUGAAAACUCUGAAAAUGUAGAACCUGCUACUAAUCUUUGUGGAGAACCAUUUGCAGUGCUUAAUGACAAUUUUCCCCAAACUGCUUGGGAUUCACAGCCAUGUGAAGAUUUGCAGUCUCCUGGAACAAGUCCUGAGGCAAGCGAAGUCCUUGAAAUAGCAAAUACCACAAGCAGUCUUUCAAAAGAUAUACAGAUCAAAAGCUAUUUGGAAGAAGAUAAUAUGUGGAGUAAUUCAAUAAAUUAUUAUACACACUCAAGUGGAACAAGUCCUGACUUAAGUGAUACAUCUGUGAAUGUGUGGGGAGAUCUUCCAGUUGCUAGUCAUCAUGAAAGAAGCAGGGAUGUGUGGGAGAUGAAAAAUAAUAAAAAUCUUGAGGAUUCCUUUAAAAAGCAGGAAUUUGGGAAUGAAUAUGAAGAAGGAUUUGAAAUAAGUGGUGAAGAGAACAAAGUUCCUAAAAGCUUAGAUUUUUGGAAUGCCCAUGUAGAUGAUGAUACUGUAUCUUCUUUAUCAAGUCCUGAUGUAAAUGAGGAUUCAGAGAAUUCAGAGGCAUGUCCAGAACUGAUUAAUGAAGAUUCAGUGUGGGAAAACAAACAGCACAAAGCAGCUGAAAAUGAAGAGGAUUAUGAUCAGUCCAAUGCAACAAGUCCUGAAGCUAAUGAAGACAGUUUAGGUGCAAAAACUAAGGUGGGAGAGAACGUCCUUGUAAGCACCUUCAGUGAAAAUUCUGAAACAAUUGAAGCCGAAAAGGUAUUGCAGGAGGAUGAGUCUGUUGGCUUUAUUGAUCAUACUCAACCUACUACUGGCCCUUGUGAAACACUUGAUGAAGUAACUCAGGUGAGUAGUUUCAAUGUAAAAGCAGAUAGUGGAGAAGACUCAUAUUUGUAUCAAGUGAAUGAAGAUCCUGCAUUGACUUCUGCUGCUGGUGAUAAAGAAGAGCAUUCUUCAAAAGCUGUAGAUAGGUGGAGUAUGUCAUUGGAAGCUGAUUCAAGAACUAAUCCUGAAUCCACAGUAGGAACAUCUGAUUUUCUAGAUAACAGUUCAGAUUGGUGGAGUUCACGACCUUGUGAAGAAAAGCAAUUGGAAAAUCAGUAUUCUGGUUCACGUCACGCUGUAACAAAUAAUCUAGGAAAUAGUAAAGAGUACUCCUGUGGCUCACCUUCACAAGAUGAAGAACUAACAGAAGCACAUUUCACAGAUACAAGUAAUGAUGAAAAUCCACCUGCUCCCCUGUACGCUGAUGAAAAAGAAAAUGAAAGACUAGUGCAAUCUGUCAAUAGUCCUGAUGGUCAGAAAAAUGAAGACACUUCACAGUUUAAUCAAUUUGAUUCUUUCACGCUGGAUAAAAAAGAAAGGGAGUUGAUAGAGCAGUUGUUUUCUACAGAUGAGGAAAAUCAACUGACUCCACAAAACUCUUGUUCAGAUGAGGAACAAGCUAUACCAGUUGAAGUAAUCACUGUACUGGAUCUGCCAAAAGACAAUGAGGAAAAUGCAAGUCUCACUCCUCAAGGACAGCAGGAAGACGCGUGUGAAAGAGUAGAAGUGCACAACUCCAUGCCAGGUGCUUUCACUGUAGAAGACUUAUCUUUUGCAAUGGCAGAAAAGUCAAGCCCAGAGUGGAAUAUAUUAGUUCCCCAAACUUCACUUAUCCCAGAUAUUUUACAGGAUAACACACAAGGAAGUAAUCAGCAGUUUUCAGUGGAACCUGACCUUUGGACUAAUGCUGAGGAGAUUGUCACUUUGAAAUCAGAUGGUGAAAAUCCUGAUAUUUUAAGUCACUGUGACCAAGACAAUGGUUCAGAGUCAUCAAGCAGUCCUGAUGUGUGCCAGGAAUAUGGAGUUAAGCAUGCCUCUAUCCCAUCUUCUCAGGUUGCAGUGGAGCCUGAAUACAAAGACAGUCAGCCAAUUCAUACAAAAUCAAAUGUGAAUAAAGAUGCAGAUUUUGACUCGAAGUAUCAGUUAGUAAUGCAGAAUGAGAUGCACUCUGAAAAUGGUAGUCCCCAGGACUAUGAACCAGUAAAGGGCAGUGAAUUCAAUCAGCUUAUCUCUUCUAAUCCUCAGGAGCCUCCUGAAUUUGCAAUUCCAGAAGAAUACAGUCUAGAAAAUAAACUGGUUUUUGACCCUGUUGAGUCAACUGAAAUUGCCAGUGAAGUUACAAAAGUGACAUCCUUAGAUGUGAAAGACAUGUUCCAUGGAAGUUUCACUAAUGCAAGCCAUCAAGGAGCACCAACUGAUACAGCUCAAAUAGCGACCUCUCAAAUGCCUUUGCUUCCCAUGGAUUUUAGUCAACCUGACAGGGAAGAACAAAGCUUAAAAGAAAUUAGUGCCUUGGGUGAAGUUGUAAAAUAUUCUGGUGUUGAUCAUACAGCAAUAACUGGUGUUGAGCUAGAUAAAUCAGGAGAAUGUGUGGAUGACUCUGACGCAGGGAUAGAACAUAGUAUAAGGGACACCUCAGUAACUAAUGGCCUGGGAGGCACAUGUGGUGGGAAAAACAUACUGACACUGCUAGGCAGUGAGGCAGCAGAAGGGAAGUCAGAGGAUGAACGGACACUCUUUCCCAAGUCCUUUCUACCUGGUGGUAAUGAAGGUGAUGAAUCUGAUUCAAAUAAUGAACUGUUUGAUGAUGCAGCAAAAGAAUAUGAAGCUGUAAUUGAAAAUUAUGUUCCUGUGCUUAAGGAGAUACCCAAUGACCAAUCACCAAUGGUGUGUACUCCUCCAUCCUCUGCAUCUUUUGAUGCUGAACACUCUGGCAGCAGUGAGAAUGCAAACGGUGAGCUCUUGUUACAGCAGUCAUUUUAUGACAGUGUUUCUUUGGAAAAACGAUUGCCACUGCCGGCUCCUCUGGAAGGUGCAGAGGGCAUCCUGAUGACUGAAGAUAAAGUGUCUGAGACAUCCACAGAGUGUCUUGAGGAAAAUCGCACCUCAGUACCAUCGCUCUCCCUGGCUGAAGAAACUCCCCCAGAUUCUGAUUUCUUGACAGGAAAAUCUGAAAAAGAAACAACCGAUCCUGAGUCACCACAAGGUGGAGAUAGAAGAUCAUGUGAUGAAGCUGGCACUGACUCCCUACUUUGUAGAGAAGAAAAGCUGAGAAAUUCCCAGAAGAGCCCUGAACUGGAAAGUACAGACAGUAAAGAAGAUGUGAAGAUGCAGGUGCUCCCACCUUCACUGGAGAUGGAUUACAUCCUUGUUACUGAGGAAGAAAAUACACCUGCAACAAAUGAUACCGUUGAAAGAAGCAGAAUUAAUUUUGCAUUUCAAGAAUCUCAUGAAGACUUUUCACCAGGCUCCUUGGAUGCUUUUCAGGCAAUAUCCAUUUCAAAUGAAAGCAAAGAUCAUCUUGUUGGUGGGACUGAAUGGGACGCUGCUCACUUAGAAGAGAAAAAUUCUUCUGCUGUGCGUCAGAAGAUGGAUGGUGAAAGGAAAUCACAGGAAAGCUGUGGGCAAGACGAGGGUUGGAUUAUAUUGGGACAAAAUGAAAUAAGUGACAUAUCACCUGAAGAAAUUUCUGCCAAGACAGAGAUGUCAGAAUCAGGGUCCGGGCAUCCUGGUGAAGAACUGGCAUCUCUUGUAGCACAGGAAAUGAUUCUUGACACUUGGACAGAAUUUCAGAUAGUUUGUGGUGAUAGCACAUGGGAAGCAGAUUCUCAACAGAGGCUUGGGAAUAAUGUAGCAACAGAACAAGAAAUGAAGGAGGAAAUGGUUCUUCUCAGCAGUGACAGAGAAUUGAAUAAAAAAUCAGGAUUGGUACAAGAGGAUGUGGGAAUGGACAUCCCUUUAGCUGAGGGUGUACAAAGCCCCAGUUCUGCGGAGAUGAGACCUGAACCUCCCAAUUCGCUUGAUCUUAAUGGCUCCCAGCCCAGAAGGAUAAAGCUCACUGCUCCAAACAUCAAUCUCUCAUUGGACCAGAGUGAAGGGUCUAUAUUGUCUGAUGAUAAUUUGGAUACACCCGAUGAAAUUGACAUUAAUGUAGAUGACCUUGACACUCCUGAUGAAGCUGACUCUUUUGAAUACACUGGACAAGAAGAGCAGACUGCUGCUAAAGAUGCUUCCCAGGAGGAGUCUGAAUCAAUCCCUGAGUACUCUGCUGAAGAGGAGCGAGAGGACAACAGGUUAUGGAGAACAGUGGUUAUUGGAGAACAAGAACAGAGAAUUGAUAUGAAAGUCAUUGAACCAUACAAAAAGGUCAUUUCUCAUGGAGGAUACUAUGGUGAUGGUCUGAAUGCUAUCAUUGUGUUUGCGGCAUGCUUCUUGCCAGACAGCAGUCGAGCUGAUUACAACUAUGUCAUGGAAAAUCUUUUCCUAUAUGUAAUCAGUACCUUAGAGCUGAUGGUAGCUGAAGACUAUAUGAUUGUCUACUUGAAUGGAGCAACACCAAGAAGAAGGAUGCCUGGAUUGGGUUGGAUGAAAAAAUGUUAUCAGAUGAUUGAUCGACGAUUACGGAAGAAUUUGAAGUCAUUUAUAAUUGUUCAUCCAUCAUGGUUUAUCAGGACAAUUCUGGCUGUAACACGACCUUUUAUAAGCUCUAAGUUCAGCAGUAAGAUACAGUACGUCAACACAUUGGCAGAGCUUCGUGAGAUGAUUCCAAUGGAAUAUGUGCAUAUACCAGACAGUAUUGUCAAGUAUGAUGAAGAUAAGUGUAUUAAGAGAAGAAUGAGACUGGAUGAAGAGCUGAGGGAAGCUUCAGAAACAGCUAAAACUAGCUGCCUCUCAAAUGAUCCAGAAAUGGCUUCAGUGGAGCAGGAGAUUGACAUGACCCUGAAAUAAGAAGCAUCAUUGCCAGGCAUUUGAAGAAGAGGGUUCACAUGGAUUUUCAUCACCCAGACAAUCACAACCACGCUGUACAAUAAGUGAUUUGGUCAAUUUUGUUUGGUUUAUAAGUUUCCCCUGUCAUUCAGCAGUUCAAGAAGACCAAAAGAGCCAAUCCUAUGGCCAUGGAAACAGCAGAAUUUUGGGUCCUGGUUAUUUUUGUUGUUUUCAGAAACAGUUUUCAUUAGGAAAGCUAUAUCAUCUAGCAUUGGUUUCUCUGUGAGUGCCAUUUCUGUUUAAAAGGAUACCAUUUUACCAACAGUGUGCCUCAUGAAUAGGUCAAUGAGGAUGGGGAUUUUUUAAUUUUUGUCUUCAGCAUAUUAAUGUUUAUGCAUAGCUGAACACAAUAGUUGUUUUUACAAUAAAUGUUAGCUUGCUUGUGUCACAGAGCAGCAGCAACUUUGCUGUUUAAAAAAGCUUUAGAAGUUAUGCAGGACUUCCUUGAGUUUGGCAGGCUGUGUUUGAUCAGGCUUUGGGUAGCCUGUUGUAGUGAAGGGUGUCCCUGCUCAAGGCAAAGGGGCUGGAACUAGAUGAUUCCUAAGGGCCCUUCCAACACAAACUAUUCAUGCUUUUAUGAAUUUGUGUUUCUUGAGGUCUGAAAGUCUUUCCAUCUUCAUUAAAUGACUUUUUUGUUUGACCAGAGAAAAGUGUGAUAUACUAAAAAAUAAUAAUUAGUCUCGUUAUACUUCCCAGAGGAUGAAUGAGUAACUGAAAUUAACUUUAUUUUAAUAAUUCCGUUUAGUAUAUUUAUUUUAGGCAUAAUUUCCUCAAAGCAGCUAAUCCUGUAAAAUACUUUCAUAUAUUCUAAAAUUCUUGGAGCAUUAAUUUAUUGCUGCUUUCUAAGUCUGUAUCUUCCAGAACACUUUUUUAAAAGUUAUGAGUCUUCAAGUGACAUCCUCUCUCCAAUUGUAAAGGCUAUUAAUUCUCUGAAUAUGAAUCAAAUAUUAUUUCCUACUGGGAGCUGAAAGCUGGAAGCCAUACUCAUUUGUUAGGAAGAUUUGUUAAAAUUUUGCUCCAAGUGUUUCUAUUAGAUAAAAAUAGGUCUUAUAAUGGUAUUUAUUGUCUGUGUCACAGAACAC